GUCCGUGUAAUCUUAAUACGUGCCUGUUUGGGCUCAGUAUUUACCCUGACAGGCAGCAUGAUGCUUGUUUACAUGGUUUUCCUAAUUACUCACUGUUACACCAGACGCGCUUGUACAGUGUCACCAUCGAAAAGUAAAGUACUGUAUAUCACGUGACAUCGGUAGUGCCAUGGACGAACAUUUCCGGAGGUGUGCCACCCGCGCGACUGCUGGAAAUAAAACAAAAUUGGGACAGAAUUUGAACGUUAAGCUAUGUAGCGUGGGUGAUUUAUCACACCAUAAACGCAACCGAGGUGUAUAAUAGAUGGAUAAGUUUGUAACUCGGUACAGAAAAAGAUCUGCUGUUGAGGCAGAUGAAUGUAAAACAGAGGAACCGUUCAAGAAAUACAAAGAGGAAUGUGAGGUGGAAGAGGAGUUUUCUCAGCCCAUCCCCUGGAAGAAGAUUGAGGCAGAGGGAUUGGACUGUGACUACAGUUUGCUGUUUGACAAAGAGGAGGCUGAUCACCUUUUUAACCAGCUAGAAGAGGAGGUGGAGUAUUUUACAGGUGACAAAGCUAAACUACAAGUGUAUGGAAGGUCAUACAGUGUUCCAAGGAAGCAAGCAACAUACGGCGACGAAGGACUGAUGUACUCUUUCUCUGGAGUCCAUCUCAUGGCAAAACCAUGGACUUCCACUUUGGAACGCAUUCGAGAUGCUGUUACCAGGGCAACAGGCCAUACCUUCAACUUUGUUUUGAUAAACAGAUAUAAUGAUGGUCAUGAUCACAUUGGAGAGCAUCGGGAUGAUGAACGGGAACUCGAUCCUGCCUGCCCUAUUGCCUCUGUAUCUCUAGGGGCUGCCCGUGACUUCAUUUUCCGUCAUAAGGAUGCACGGACUGGUUCUAGCAAACGUCAGAUUGAGCCUGUGAAGCUGGAGCUGGCUCACGGGAGUCUACUGCUCAUGAACUAUCCCACAAACACAUACUGGUAUCACAGUCUUCCAGUCAGAAAAAAGGUCAAAAUGCCACGCAUCAACCUCACUUUCAGACGCAUAGUGAAAAACAGACAGAAAACUGGCUUUAAAAUAGAGUGAUUGUUCUUUUAGCAUCUUACCAGGUACUGCUGUGGGUCAUGUUAGUUUUUCUUUCACAACAUGUGUGAAAGCUGUGUGAAGAGCUAGUGAGCAUAUCUCACAUUAUCACAUCUGCAGUGAAUCCAUGUUGGGUUUUAGCACACUCAGACAACUCUUGCUUACUACAGUAUCAGUUUCACUUUCUUUUCACAUCUUCAUGUUAUGAUUUAGUCUUCGUGUUUUAUGAUUCAUUUGUCAUUAAACUCGUGUCUAGUAAAAUGUGUACUGUGAUCUCAGAAAAUCAAGCUUCAAACUCAUCUUUGCUAUUCAAAGCAAAUUCAGGUUUGAUAUUUGGCAACAAAAUGCACUUUCAAGAGCAUUCAAAGGAAAUAUUUUCUUUUAUUUGUUUUUUAGAAAACCAAUAAACUACAUGUGGAAUAAAUAGGUUAGACACAACCAUACUUCUGUACAAGACAUUUCUAUUAUAGACUGGGAAAGAAAAAAAAACAAUAUGAUCCCAAUGAAUACAUUUUGCCAAAGGUUUCAAAGAUUUAACUACAGAAGGCAAUAGUUUGGCGAAAUACUGUGGCAAAAACAUAAGGGUAGCAAAAACGUAAUCGUAUAAAUAUAUACAUUUUAUUCUUCAAGCAUACGUAACAGUAAUUUCGAGAAAGUCAUACUUAGUGUUUACAUUCCAGCACUGCUGGACUGAGUAUGAGGUAUUCACAGAGCUGUCUACCCAUAACCUGCCUGUGUUACAAUCUAAUCAAUGUCACGUUUUUCCUUGGACGACGACACAUGCGGUCAGUACAGUUGCUGCUGAAAGAAACCAUAAUUUGUGAAUUUCAUGUAUCAAAGUGAUGCUAUUAUUGUAUCCCUUGUGUAUGUUGGAAGGUUGUAGUGCUGUUGAAAUGGCAACCAGCAUUUCAAAGCUUGGUUUGAACACCAGUUUAACUUGAACAUUAGUUAAAAUGAACAGUUGUGGGUUACUUGACUUGAAA